AUGGAAGCCGUUGGUGAUGAUCACUCUCUAACUUCUCCAGAAAAAAGUUUUGAAGUCAACAAGCCUGAGGAGGCUGGUGCACAUGAAGAGGUAAUGGCUAAGAUCGAUCUCCCACCCUUUCAGCUGCGAUCGACAUGGAGGAGCAAUGGAAGCGCGAUGAAGCGUUGCGAGUACCAACGAGCGCAAGAUCUGAGAGACGAACAUGAGCGUCUGAAAGUGAUCAACACAAUUGCCAACGCUGCCGUGGCUCUUGGGGAAGAUGUGGAAGCGAUCUUUGUUGAUGUUGUUGAGGCGAAUAGCGUUGCUGCAGAAAUAUCCGAAGUGAAAGCUGAGGUGGAGUGGUCAUUUUCACCGUCAUGCUCCCAACCUGGAAUGCAGUCAUCUUCUUCACCAGAUCUUCAAUUCCAAAUGGGUUUGGGAGUUGUACAGAUACCUGGUCCCUGGAAUAAUAUAUUAACUUUAACUUACUCUGCUGGUGAAGUUCUUGAUGAAGAUGAGCCUAUUUCUAGAGAGUGCAUUGAUUUCUAUUCAGAGUUAUUUGAUGAGCAUGGAACCAAGACUAGUACUAGUGAUCUUAUUGAUAAUUUGAAUUUCAGUUCUCUGGUUAAUCCUUCAGCUGCUGCAGAUCUUAUUAAGGAAGUUACUAAAGAUGAAAUAGUUAUUUCUCUUUCCUCUAUUGGUUCUAACAAAGCCCCAGGGCCUGAUGGAUUUUCAAGUUAUUUCUUCAAACAUUGUUGGUCUAUUGUUGGAGAUGAUUUUGUUGUUGUUAUUCAAAAUUUCUUUGCCAAGUCUAGAAUGUUAAAGGAGGGUGGAGCAAUACAAGAUAAUAUUUUGGUGGCUCAUGAAGUUGUGAGAAACUAUCAUAGGACUACUAGUACUCCUAGAUGUGCUUUAAAGAUUGAUCUCAAGAAGGAUUAUGAUACUGUGAGUUGGAAAGCAGUUAUUGACACUAUGAAGAAGAUGGGAUUUCAUGAUCAGUUUUUACAGUGGAUAUUUCUUUGUAUGUCUAGUGCCAAAUAUUCUAUUCUUAUUAAUGGCUCUCCUCAUGGAUUCUUUGGUGCUUCUAGAGUAUUAAGACAAGGUUGUCCUUUAUCCCCUUAUCUAUUUGUAAUUGUGGUGGAAGUCUUCAACAACAUUCUUCUACAAUAUGUGAAUCAUGGAAAAUAUGGAUUUCAUCCUAGGUGUGCUCUCACUAAGCUUACUCAUUUAUGUUUUGCUGAUGAUGUCUUGGUUUUUUUCAAAGGAAAUCUUGAAGUUGCUAUUGUUCUUAAAACUUGUUUAGAUGACUUUAGUAGUUGUUCUGUCCUGCAAGUGAAUAAUCAGAAGACUGCUUUAUAUGCUUCUGCUACAGAUUCUUCUUUGCUCUUUGAUAUCAAUGCUUGUCUCAAUUGUACUUCUAGUGAGAUUCCUGUCAGGUACCUUGGUUUGCCUUUACUUUCUACAAGACUCUCUUAUGCUGAUUGUUUACCUCUUAUAUGUAAAGUGAGAGCUAGGAUUAAGUCUGGGAAAGCAAAGCACUUAGCUUUUCCUGGUAGAGUUAGACUUAUUAAAGUCGUGCAUACUGGUAUGGUCCAUUUUUGGCUGUCCUGCUUCAUCCUCCCGCAAAGAGCUUUGCUUGAAUUAGCUAGCAUAUUUAAAAGAUUUCUUUGGUCUGGAUCUGACUUAGGAAAUAAGCAUAAUCCUAUAGGUUGGAGUACUAUUUGCUUACCUCUUGAAGAAGGAGGUCUUGGCAUUAAAGAUCUUGCUGCUUCAAACAUUGCUUGUAGUCUAAGACAUAUUUGGGACCUAGUUACUGGCAAGAGUUCUAUAUGGACAAAAUGGGUCAAGGAUAAUCUGAUUAAACACAAGAAUUUCUGGGAGAUGAAGACUCCUCAAGAUUCUUCAUGGUACUGGAGAAUAGUUCUUGAACAUAGGUCUAUUGCUAGAAAGAUUAUUGGUACUGUAAUUGGUGAUGAAACUAAUACUUUAUUUCUUCAAGAUAAUUGGCAUCCCAAAGGAAAAUUAUCAGAGUGGGUUGAUCCUGAGAUUAUCACUCAGUACUUCCCUAAAAUAAUGCUUUAG